AUGGAUGAUGAAGACACCGGUUGUUCAACAGGUUGUGCCACAGAGAUGUUGCCAGUAGCAGAUGUUGCCGCGCCCGGUGCGGUGGGGUUGGCGACUUCACAUUCGCUCCAGUGGAAGCCCAACGUGGAUGAUUCAAUUUUGCCCGUAGUUGGACGCAAGUUUAGAACACUAGAAGAAGGUAUCGAAUUCUACAUGAACUACGCUCGAAUAAGUGGCUUUGACGUUCGCCAGGGGACAUUGAAGCGAGACAGAGAUGGGGUCAUAUUUAUGCGCUAUUUACUGUGUAGCCGGCAAGGGAUCAGAGGUGGUGGGAGGAUUAACCGGCUUCCAGACCGUGAUGUUGGAAGAGGAAAGAACAGGGAGCGCCGUCGAAGGAUUUCUAACAGAGUCAAUUGCAAGGCCAAGAUCUGCUUGAGGAAGAAACGUUCUGGGGAUUUCAUCGUGACUGUUUUUGUAGAAGAACAUAGCCACAAACUGUGCUCUGAACCUUCUAAAAUGUUUAUGCGGAUUAACCGGCAGUUGAAUGUAUCCCAACAAGCAUUCCUAGCAAACUGUGUUAAGACCAAUAUCGGGGCAUCGACAGGCUUGCGGUUUUGCAAGGAGGUGGCAGGUUCCUACGGGAACGUGGGUGCAACCGACGUAGAGUUCCACAAUUUUAAACGUGACCUCCAAACUUACGUCGAAGUCGGUGAUGGCGAGAUGAUCAUUGAGAAGUUCAAAGCGAAGCAUGAAGUGUGUAGUGACUUCUAUUUUGAUUACCAGCUCGACGAAGACGAUCGACUAGCACGACUUUUUUGGGCUGACCCCAGCGGUAGGCGCGCAUUUUCUUGCUACGGUGAUACUAUUUCGUUCGACGCAACUUACGGCACAAACAGGUAUAGUAUGGUGUUCGUGCCAUUCACCGGGGUUAACAACCACAAACGAUGCAUCACUUUCGGGGCCGGUUUGCUCACUAAGGAGGAUGUGGACUCAUACAGUUGGCUAUUGGAGAGAUUUAAAUGCGCAAUGGGAAAGACCCCAUUGUGUGUUGUGACCGACCAAGACCCUGCUUUGAGAGUUGCUAUCGAAGAAGUUUUACCAGGGAGCCGUCAUCGCUUCUGCAUGUGGCACAUCAUGACCAAGGUCCCGGAAAAAAUCGGGAAUGAGUUAGCUAAAGACGAGAAGUUUCGCAACAAAUUAAAUGCUAUCGUAUGGAAUGAGAGAAUCACUAGUGCUGAAUUUGAGGCACAAUGGAACCUAUUAAUGGAUGAGUACAAUCUGACAACCCAUCGGUGGUUUUGCAAACUGUACGCAGAACGGGAGAGCUGGAUCCCGGCUUAUUUUACAGAUUUGCCAUUGAGCGGGUUGGUACGUACCACAUCUCGUUCGGAAGCAGAAAACAGUGUGUACGGAAAAUUCACACGCCUUCAUUCGAGUCUGGUAGAGUUCUACAUGCAAUACGAGAGUGUCCUUGAAACGCAAUGCUACAGGCAAGCAAAAUUGAAUGCAGAGUGUGAGGGAUACCUACCAGAAUUCAAAACACCUUUAGCACUCGAGCGGCAUGUUGCACAGCUAUUCACGAUAACUAUUUUUUAUGAGCUGCAGAAAGAGAUCGAAGCUGCCUGUUUUUACUCCCGGGUUGUAGGAGUUCGCGAGGACGGGGGGAGCAUCUAUUACGACAUCCGAGGCGAGUGUAACACAAUUUUCAGCGUACACCACGAUCCGAAGGGGCUCAGUGCAUCGUGCACCUGCAAGUUGUUUGAAAGAAUGGGUCUAGUCUGCAGGCAUAUGUUCCUAGUGUUCCGAGACGCACAGCUUGAGCAGUUGCCGUCCCAAUACAUUGUGACCCGAUGGUGCAAACAUCUAGCCUGCGGUGCAUGCAGUGGUCAGUUAUCCGUUGCAAACGGGUCAACAUGUGGAGCGACACAACUUUGGGCUGAGAUUAACACGUGUGUUGGGUUGGUGGGCAGUAACACGGAGCGACAAGCACGUUUUAUCGAUGUACUGAAGAGUCUUACGGUGGAAUUUACAAGCGAUGGUAAUACUGGGGGACCUAUUAAGGGUAAUCGUGGCGCCAUUCAGGCAUUAUGCGGUGUGCAAGCACCACAAUCCAUAACGAUCAAGGCCCCCGCACAAGCAAAAAAUAAAGGUACUGGGAAGCGUAUUAAGAGCAGCCGAGAGCUUGCCAUUGAGAAGAAUGUCAAAACUGGACGAAAAUGUGGGAUUUGUGGGAAGUAUGCCCACCAUAACGCACGUAGUUGCCCUCACAAGUAA